AUGCGGCUUCUUAAAACUGUAUUCCGGUCCAGAUCUGAUCCACCCAACCCUGCUGCAUCUCGUAUUUGGCCACGACGGCAUCCAGCGUCCGAGGGAGACGCAUUGAAACCUCAACUAGAAGCUGCUUCGAAUGAACUACAGCGCGAUGAGCCGGCAACCGAAGCGGGGACCACCAGCGCUGAUGCGAACAAGCCACCUUCCUCGGCAGUAGCCCUCGUUGACAAUGCGGACCCUGAGUUGAAUGCCCACAUCCAAAAUACUGGCGAGCUUCCUCGGUCCAAGAAUGGCACGAGGCGUCUGAAGAAAGUGUAUGCUCGCUUGCGGGGUAGCUUGUCCCAGGAGGAUGAUCCCAUGAGGGAUACACAGGUUGAACCCGCUCAGGAGGAUACCCGUAAAGAGAGGCCGAGCUCCAUACCUUUGUCCUCCAAUCCAUUUGAGCCAGAUACUGCGCCCAUUGCUGCCGUGGCUACCGUGGCUACCGUGGAGCCAUCCACAUCUGCUUGCAAGUCUGUCAGGUUCGACGAGCCCAAGGAGAGACGGAAUGUCAGCGCUCAGACGACCAGUACCCAGGAGUCCAGCCAGACAGAGGAUACUGUUUGCCGAGACCCUGCCCGGCACACGGCAAUGCCCAUCCAGGAACCUUUGGAUGAGUGGGGAUGGCCAGGACUGAUGAUAUACGGCACUGAUAGCAGCAGCAGCAACGGUAACAAUCAUAUCCAUGAGGCUUCGGACCCGUUCUCAGAUGGGAAGGCCACCGACCGACAAGCGAAGGCGAUAGCUCCCAGGCAUAGUGCAGGCACGAGCCGAGAAGAAUCGAGGACUUCUGAAGGGACACUGGAGCCUAUUGCUGAGACUGAUAUGGACACAAUCGAACAAGUUCUCGAACCAGCACAGCCCGAAGGUGCGAAUGCUCAGAUUUCAAGCUCGGCCAACAGUCAAACAAGUUGGACUACACUUGACGGGCCCAAGGCUAUCUCGGCUUUCAAUCAGAUGGCAUCUCAGUUUGGCAUUCCCAUUGCCAUUCCAGUUGAUAAUUCUUCAUCAGCAGAGGGUAAUCAUGCUGAGGAAGGCGAGAGCCGUCGUGGAUUUGGAUUGUUGGGCAAAGUUCGCAAGGUGCGAUCCAAUUUAGCUCCCGACACAGCUCCUUUGGCACCGGCUCCAAAGCUUCGGCGAAUGAAAACAUUUGCAAACCUGCGCCGUCCCAGUCCAAUGACUUCGUUGCAAGGAAGAUCGAUUGAGACUUUGGCCCGUCUUGGAGGACAUGGUUAUCUUAUGCUCACGGACUUGGCGCCCUGUCCUGUGCAGCUACCCGCAUACAUUGUGGCAACGUUGAUGUUUCUGCACAAAUAUGGUCUGGACACUUCGCAGAUCUUCAUUCAGCCCGGAGAUCUAAAAGCUGCCAUUCGAUUAUAUGAUCAUUUUGCUAGCCAAGUGCUUGAAGCGGAGAAAGAUGAGUCUAAAAUUUCCCUUACUAUGCGUGUGGUUGCCAUGCCACAGCUCCGUGAAGAUUCGGCGCCUGUGCUGAGUGUGGCCUGGGCCCUUAAGGCCGUGCUGGCGGGGCUUCCAAACGGGAUCCUCGGGAGUGUCCGGCUCUACCAAAUUCUCAGGGCGAUGUACUACCAUUCGAUACCAGAACAGUGUCAUCUUCUCCGUGUGCCCGAUUGUAUCUCUGAGGCGAGCCCAACGACUGCCGCCCGAGUACAACUUAUGUGUCUUGCGAUCAUAGCCCUUGCGACUGAAAUGCAGCGUGAUCUUAUCUGUGCAGUAUUUGGCUUACUUUCCUUACUGGUAAAUGCGGAGACAGUCCAGCCCGGGAUGGAGCUCCGUGAUCCAGUGGCAAGUUCGAACUUCCACGAUUUGGCACGGGUGUUUGGACCGCUCCUCCUCGGAUCUAAACAAGACCGAGAUGGAACCGAAGUGGAACAGGAGGUUGAUGAUCAACGGGUGGCAGGGCUGAUGCUCUAUAAUUGGCAUUUUGUGCACCGACAAUUGCAAUACUGGACAAGUGGGCGAUACGCAGGGAAAUAA